AUGGGAGUGAAGGGUUUGUUACAGGCGUUGCGGCCGGUAGCGCGUGAGAGUUGUUUGUCGGAUUUUGCGGGACGGAGUGCGGCGAUAGACGGGUACGCGUGGUUACAUAAAGCGGCUUUUACAGCCGUGGAGAACGUGGUGAAUGGUACGUUUACCGACAAGCCUACACGAUAUGUGUUACGGAAGGUGGCGAUGGUACGGUCGUUCGGUGUACGGCCGGUGGUAGUGCUGGAUGGUCGUCCGUUGCCGUCGAAGGCGAAGACAAAUUUCGCGCGACAUGCAUCGCGCGAGGCGUCGAGGGCAGAUGCGAGACGGUUGGCUGCUCAGGGUGACUCGGCGGGUGCGUAUAAAGCCAUGGGACAGGCGAUCAGCAUUACGUGGCAAAUGGUGGAGCAUCUAUUGUGUCAAUUACAGGCGAAGGAUGUGGAGUUCAUUGUGGCGCCAUAUGAGGCGGAUGCGCAGCUAGGCUAUUUAUCGCACACGGGUUACGUGGACUUCGUCAUCUCUGAAGACAGCGACUUGAUACUCUACGGUUGCCGCAAGGUCUUUUUCAAACUAGAUGACGCCGGCCGCGGACUCGUCAUCAGCGCCCAAGAUCUGCCGAGCGCUAAUCUACUACCCCUCACUCUCUACUCCCACGACUCACUCAUUCAACUCUGUAGCCUCGCCGGCUGCGACUACAGCGACGGGAUCAAAGGUCUCGGUCUCAAAAAAGGAGGCAAACUGCUUAGUAAUUUCCUGGCCAAAGAACAUGCCUUCUGCGAAGACGCCGAGGAUCGCACCCCAAGCACCCCCGUCACGCGCAUUGACAAACUUGCCAAGGAGAUUAGCGCACAAGGUUUCCUUGUCCCCGAUCAACUCGCCGAGGAACUGCGUAACGCCUACCUCACCUUCAAAUACCAAGCAGUUUACGACCCCGUCCAACGGACGUGCGUUCGAAACCACCCUCUGCCGCCACACAUCCCCGAAAAAGACUUCAUGGGAGUCAUGCUCACCGCCGAAGAAACACGUCUAAUAUGCUCCGGUAAAGUGGAACCGAAAUCAAUGAAACCGUCCGCCCUAGCCACAGCUAUCAAGGGCCCAGUUGCCAAGGGCACAACUGCCAAGGCUACAGCCGACGUGAGAGGAGCCCAGCUCCCAUCCACAAUCACACCAAUAAUAGCCGCCAGGUCAGGGCAACGUUCGCACUCGCAAGUCCCCAAGUCCGACCGAACUGGUUCAGACGCUACGGAGAUGUCCACAAUUACAUCUUUCUUCCGCGUUCAGUCGCCCACGGCCAAAAAGAAGAAGAAGAAGAAAAAGCAGGCAGUAUGCGUCGAUAGCGACGUCACUCCCACCAGGGGACGUGCUGAGGCGGAAUCUAGACGGGAUGUGCAGUCCAGACCGCGGGGGUCACCUGUGGUGGAUCUCUCGUCUCCAGUCGCGGUCAUGGAAAUUGCCACGAAAUCCAAAGACGUGGUGGCGGCAGAGUGCCGACUGGAGUUCGGACCCCGCGUGAGUUUGCAGCCUCUUAGCAGCGACCCCGACGAGGACGAUGUCCCGACCCGUGCGGACCCGGUCCCUUGCACGGAGAACCACCGCCCGGUCUGUAACCCGAUUGGCGCAGACGAGCUGAACAAGAUGUUUGAAAACGCCAUGAAGAAACCUGCUGCAACCGACACGGACCAUACUGCGCCGGCCCCGGUAGUACCGUGCGCAGCGGAUGCAGCGUCCGCGGUGGAAGUACUGCUUGGUGUUGCAAUAACCAGUGGCGUAGCCGCUGGUGGUGAAAAUGAGCCGCCGGUGGCGGCCAACGCGGAGCCCGCCAAGGGAGUGGGGCGUCGGGCGAGCAUGGUCCCGCGAGUGAGCACUGAGACGGCUCCUCAGUCAUCGGCCGCGGCGAAGGCCGGUUACUCCUGGGCUGGCGGUAAGCGGCGGUUGGACGCGGCGGACCCGAGGGAGAACAGACCGCCGAAGCAUGCGCCGGGGAGCCUGGACAGCCUGUUUGCGGAGUCCAUGUUGACCAAGCGCCGACGGGCUUCAGAACAGUUCCGUAACGAGAAAAUCACGUUCUAA